GCCAGAGGGGCCGCUGCGCCUCCACUUUCCGCGCGAGGACGUUCACACAGCCCGGAAUGAAAGAGACGGAGCUUUGUGUCCGAAACUACAAAAAAACACCCGAACCCGACUCAUGAAUUAAAACGACUUGUCUGUGAGAGGCCAGUAGAGGACCGUCUGUCUGUCUGAAGAAGGAAGAUGAUGGAGUUCCCGCAGCAGCCUCAGCAGCAAAGACCGGCGGGGGACGCAAAGAUCAUCUACCCGCUGGGUGUCAAAGAGAUCACUGACAAAAUCAGCAACGAUGAAGUCGUCAAACGACUCAAGCUGGUGGUUAAGACAUAUAUGGACAUGGAUCAAGACUCAGAGGAGGAAAAGCAGCAGUACUUGGCUCUGGCUCUUCACUUGGCAUCUGAGUUUUUCUUGCGAAACCCCAACAAAGAUGUACGAUUACUUGUGGCCUGCUGUCUUGCUGAUAUCUUCAGGAUCUACGCUCCAGAGGCCCCAUACACCUCACAUGACAAGCUCAAGGAAAUUUUCCUCUUCAUUACACGACAGUUGAAGGGAUUAGAGGAUACCAAGAGCCCUCAGUUCAACAGAUAUUUUUACUUACUAGAGUUCUUUAAUCAGGUGUUGGUGAUGGGAAAGUCCUCCGUGAGUGAUCUGUCUGAGCAUGUAUUUGACCUCAUUCAGGAGCUCUUUGCAAUCGACCCUCUGCUCCUUGUCUCUGUGAUGCCACAACUUGAGUUCAAAUUGAAGAGUAAUGAUGGAGAGGAGAGGUUGGCUGUGGUGAAACUGUUAGCUAAGCUCUUUGGAGCAAAGGACUCUGAACUGGCCACUCAGAAUCGCCCACUCUGGCAGUGCUUUCUGGGAAGGUUCAACGACAUCCAUGUUCCCGUGAGACUGGAAUGUGUGAAGUUUGCUAGCCACUGUCUGAUGAACCACCCGGACCUUGCCAAGGAUCUUACAGAUUUUCUGAAGGUGAGAUCACAUGACCCAGAGGAGGCAAUCAGGCAUGAUGUCAUUGUGACCAUCAUCAACGCAGGGAAGAAAGACCUGAACCUGGUGAAUGAUCAACUGUUGGGAUUCGUCAGAGAGAGGAUGUUGGACAAGAGGUGGCGUGUCCGUAAGGAAGCAAUGAUGGGUUUGGCUCAGCUUUAUAAGAAGUACUGUCUGCACCAUGAGGCCGGGAAGGAGUCCGCUUUGAAAAUCAGCUGGAUCAAAGACAAACUCUUACACAUCUACUACCAGAACAGCAUAGAUGACAAGUUGCUGGUGGAGAAGAUCUUUGCCCAGAACAUGGUUCCUCACAGUCUGGAGACUGAGGAGAAGAUGAAGUGUCUGUACUACCUUUAUGCCUGUCUGGACACUAACGCAGUCAAAGCACUGAAUGAAAUGUGGAAGUGUCAGAAUAUGCUGCGAGGGCUGGUUCGAGAACUGCUGGAUUUGCACAAAUUGCCUACAUCUGAAGCAAACACCAGCGCCAUGUUUGGAAAACUUAUGACCAUCGCUAAGAAUCUCCCAGACCCAGGUAAAGCUCAGGACUUUAUGAAGAAGUUUAAUCAGGUUCUGGGUGAGGAUGAGAAACUCCGUCUUCAGCUUGACCAACUCAUCAGUCCCACCUGCUCAUGUAAACAGGCUGAACAGUGUGUGAGGGAAAUCACACGGAAGCUAACAUUCCCUAAGCAGCCCACAAACCCAUUCCUGGAGAUGGUGAAAUUCUUGCUGGAGAGAAUCGCACCGGUGCACAUUGACUCUGAGGCCAUCAGUGCCCUGGUUAAGCUGUUAAAUAAGUCAGUUGAGGGCACUGCUGAUGAUGAUGAUGAGGGAGUAACCCCUGAUACUGCCAUUCGUGCUGGACUUGAGCUACUCAAGGUUUUGUCAUUUACUCACCCCACUGCGUUCCACUCGGCUGAGACGUACGAGUCUUUGUUGCAGUGUCUGAAGAUGGAGGACGAUAAAGUGGCAGAAGCAGCAAUACAGAUCUUCAGAAACACAGGACAAAAGAUUGAGACAGAACUGCCACAGAUUCGCUCGACUCUAAUUCCCAUACUACAUCAGAAGGCAAAACGAGGCACCCCCCACCAGGCCAAACAGGCGGUCCACUGCAUCCAUGCCAUUUUUCACAACAAAGAGGUCCAGUUAGCUCAAAUAUUUGAGCCGUUGUCUCGCAGUCUGAAUGCAGACGUGCCUGAACAGCUCAUCACUCCUCUCGUGUCUCUUGGACACAUUUCUAUGCUGGCCCCGGAUCAAUUUGCGUCACCCAUGAAGUCAAUUGUAGCCAAUUUUAUCGUGAAGGACCUUCUGAUGAAUGACAGGUCUGUGGGAAACAAGAAUGGACGGCUCUGGACAGCUGACGAUGAGGUUUCCCCUGAAGUGCUGGCUAAGGUGCAUGCCAUUAAGCUGUUGGUCCGCUGGUUGCUGGGAAUGAAGAAUAAUCAGUCUAAAUCAGCUAACUCUACUCUCAGACUCCUCUCAGCCAUGCUGGUUAGCGAGGGAGACCUCACUGAGCAGAAAAAGAUCAGCAAGUCUGACAUGUCUCGACUGAGGCUUGCAGCGGGAAGCGCCAUCAUGAAACUGGCACAAGAGCCCUGUUACCAUGAAAUCAUCACUCCAGAACAGUUCCAGCUCUGUGGACUCGUCAUUAAUGACGAGUGCUAUCAGGUGCGGCAGAUCUUUGCUCAGAAGUUGCAUGUUGCUCUGGUGAAGCUGUUGUUGCCACUGGAGUACAUGGCUGUGUUUGCAUUGUGCGCUAAAGACCCAGUGAAAGAGCGACGUGCUCAUGCCCGACAGUGCCUGCUCAAGAACAUCAGUGUUCGCAGAGAGUACAUCAAACAGAACCCUAUGGCACCUGAAAAGCUGCUGUCUCUCCUGCCAGAAUAUGUGGUGCCAUACAUGAUCCAUCUUCUAGCUCAUGAUCCAGACCUCACCAAACCACAGGAUUUGGAGCAGCUCAGAGACGUCAAAGAGUGCUUGUGGUUCAUGCUCGAGGUGUUGAUGACAAAGAAUGAGAAUAACAGUCACUCGUUCCUGAGGAAGAUGGUAGAGAACAUCAAACAAACAAAAGAUGCUCAGGCCCCAGAUGACCCAAAGGCAAAUGAGAAACUUUACAUUGUGUGUGAUGUGGCAUUAUUUGUGAUCGCGAACAAGAGCACUUCAUGUCAUCUGGACUCCCCGAAAGAUCCUGUGCUGCCUAGCAAUUUCUUUACACCACCUGAUAAGGAUUUUAUCAAUGAUAAGGAAUAUCUGUCACCAGAAGCUAAAUUAGUUCUGCAGACAGGGAAAAUCCAGCAACCACCAAAGCAGACAGGCGUGCUGGGGGCAGUGAACAAACCUUUAACGGUAACAGUUCGCCGACCGUACAUUAAAACCACCACCUCUGACACUGGAAGCAAUGCAAGCACCAACUCCCAACCCAACUCGCCUGCGACAAAUAAGAGCAGGGAUGUGAGUUCUGAGGCCUCAGAGACGGGGGCGAGAGAGAACGAAGAGAAUCCAGUCAUCACAAAAGCAGGAGGUGUAAAGAAGGUCAGAUAUAUCUCAUGUGAACAUAGGGCAGGGCGAUAAUUCGAUAACAAUAAUUAUCGCGAUAUAAUUUUCCUUGAUAAAACGGUAUGAAGAGUUCGAUAUGAUUAUGCGCC